AUGGUGGACCCUGUGGGGUUUGUGGAGGCUUGGAAAGCACAAUUUGCAGACUCUGAGCCUCCUAAAAUGGAGCUGAAAUCUGUGGGAGACAUUGAACAGGAGCUGGAGAUGUGCAAAGCAUCUAUUCGGAGACUAGAGAUGGAGGUCAACAAGGAGCGAUUCCGCAUGAUUUACCUGCAGACUCUUCUGGCAAAGGAGAAAAAAAGCUAUGAUAGACAGAGAUGGGGUUUUAAACGUGUGUCUCAGUUGCCUGAAGGGGGUGCAGAGCAGCAGAUCCAAGACCUGCAUCAUCACCAGUCUGCUGACCAAGAUGAAUAUGAAAAAAGCAAGUCACACCAUGGAGAGGAAAAGUUCAAACCCAGGAUACCCUCUUUGCGGAAACUGUCCACCCAGAGUGAUGGGUCAGACCUGUCACCUUUGGACAGCCCCCAUCAUGGAGAGGGAGAGCAGGACAGGUGUAAGUACUAUGGUGAAGAGAAACUGAAGAGAGUUGUAGAAGAUAUGGAGAAUCGCUGUGAUACAGAUGGCUCUCCUUCAAAACACCGAUCGGCUUCUACUCGCAGGCUAGUGGGAUCUGCUGAGAAGGAGGGAUCAUUUGAACCCAUUUCUAAGGAGAGAGGGAACAGCACCAGCGUGGCCGCCCUAAGGUCCAAUUUUGAGAGGAUUAAAAAGGUUAAUUCACAUUCGUCUGGAGAUAACAAGGAUGUUGUUGAAAAGCCCUUUUAUGUGAACAUGGAGUAUCAUCAUGAGAAGGGUCUAGUAAAGGUCAAUGAUAAAGAUGUUUCCGAUAAAAUAAGCUCUCUUGGUAGCCAAGCCAUGCAAAUGGAACGCAAAAAAUCUUUGCACUCGCUCCCUUCUAACAUGGUACCCAGUUUCAGCGAGUUCCAGAGGCCUGCUUACAGGGGAAGGUCCUCGGAGAGCACCUUUGGCUACGAUGGAGAAUAUGAGGAUGCUGAACUGAACCCCAGGUUUCUCAAAGAUAACCUGAUUAAUGCCAAUGGCAGCAACCGCUCACCUUGGCAGCCCAUGGACUUUCAGCCCUAUCAGAGCAUCUAUGUUGGGGGAAUGAUGGGGGAAGGAGAAGGAAAAGGACCUAUUCUACGAAAUCAGGGCACAACUGACCAGGAAAAACAUCUUACGUGGCCAAGGAGAUCUUAUUCACCCAGGAGUUUUGAAGAUAUUGGAGGAGGGUAUACUCCUGAUUGUAGCUCUAAUGAGAACCUUACUUCCAGUGAGGAAGACUUCUCUUCGGGGCAGUCCAGCCAUGUUUCCCCCAGCCCCACCACUUACCGCAUGUAUCGGGAGAAAAGCCGUUCUCCCUCCCAGAACUCUCAGCAGUCCUUUGACAGCAGCAGUCCGCCAACCCCCCAGUCUCAAAAACGGCACAGGCAGCAGCAGGUCAUUGUGUCUGAGGCUACCAUUGUGGGUGUACGAAAAACAGGACAGAUCUGGCCAAGUGAUGGAGAUUUGCCUUCUGGGAGAUGUCACCAGGACAGCUGCUUCCAUGGGGAUACAGAUGCUUCAUUCAGUGGCACACCGCCUAGCUAUGCGUAUGAUGCAGACCGUGCUGAAGAACAGAGGCGACAUCAUGAUAUGAUGCCCUAUAUUGAUGACUCGCCAUCAUCCUCACCUCAUCUCAGUUCCAAGAGUCGGGGCAGCCGAGACACCCUAUCUUCAGGGUCUCUGGAAUCUACAAAAUCAAGUGAGCCAGACCUGGAGAAAGGCCUGGAGAUGAGAAAAUGGGUCCUGUCGGGAAUCCUAGCCAGUGAGGAAACCUACCUGAGCCACCUGGAGGCUCUGCUGCUGCCUAUGAAACCUUUGAAAGCAGCUGCCACCACCUCUCAGCCUGUGCUGACUAGUCAGCAGAUUGAGACAAUAUUCUUCAAAGUGCCUGAGCUCUACGAGAUCCACAAAGAAUUCUAUGAUGGGCUCUUCCCCCGAGUGCAGCAGUGGAGUCACCAGCAACGUGUAGGGGACCUCUUCCAAAAGUUGGCCAGCCAGCUGGGAGUGUACCGGGCCUUUGUGGAUAACUAUGAAGUUGCUAUGGAGACAGCAGAGAAAUGCUGCCAAGCCAAUGCUCAGUUUGCUGAAAUCUCUGAGAAUCUAAAGGCUAGAAGCACAAAGGAAUCUAAAGAUCAGACAACGAAAAAUUCGUUGGAAACUCUGUUAUACAAGCCAGUGGAUCGAGUGACUCGCAGCACACUUGUCUUGCAUGAUUUGCUCAAGCACACUCCAGUGAGCCACCCUGAUCAUCCACUCCUGCAGGAUGCUCUGCGGAUCUCGCAGAACUUCCUCUCCAGCAUCAAUGAGGAGAUCACUCCUCGUCGGCAGUCCAUGACUGUGAAGAAGGGGGAGCACCGGCAGCUCCUGAAGGACAGUUUCAUGGUGGAGCUGGUUGAGGGGGCCCGCAAACUACGUCAUGUCUUUCUUUUUACUGAUCUGUUCCUGUGUGCCAAGCUCAAGAAGCAGAUUGGAGGAAAAAGCCAGCAGUAUGACUGCAAAUGGUACAUCCCGCUCACUGACCUUAGCUUCCAAAUGGUGGAUGAGUCUGAGGCAGUGCCCAAUAUCCCACUGGUACCGGAUGAGGAACUGGAUGCCAUGAAGAUUAAGAUAUCCCAGAUCAAGAAUGACAUCCAGCGUGAAAAGAGGGCCAAUAAGGGCAGCAAGGUCAUUGAGAGGUUGAAAAAAAAGCUCUCGGAGCAGGAGUCCCUCCUAUUGCUGAUGUCUCCCAACAUGGCCUUCCGGGUACACAAUCGCAAUGGCAAGAGUUACACGUUCCUCAUUUCAUCGGACUAUGAAAGGGCAGAGUGGAGGGAGAACAUCCGGGAGCAGCAGAAGAAAUGCUUUAAAAGCUUCUCACUCACAUCAGUGGAGCUCCAGAUGCUGACAAACUCCUGUGUGAAGCUUCAGACAGUCCACAACAUUCCCCUCACUAUCAAUAAGGAAG